AUCGCAUCGACACAAUGCACCAACUGCGACACCCAGACCACACCGCUCUGGCGUCGAGAUAAGGAAGGGAACCCGCUCUGUAACGCUUGUGGCCUGUUCCUGAAACUACACGGGCGCAUUCGACCGUUGAGUCUCAAGACUGAUGUGAUCAGGAAGCGCAACCGA